AUGUGUUCUGUUAGACCUUCGAGUCUAUUGGGGUGUAAUCCUGAAGAUUUUAAUAUACCUGUUGGUGCCACCGUGCGUGAAUACAAGUUGGACUUGACUCAUGUGUAUCAUAAUCCCAGUGGGAAAUACAAAUCUGGUUUUUUGAUCAAUGGACAGUCUCCAGGGCCGGCUUUGGAGGGUGAAGAAGGGGAUUGGAUGCUAGUCAAGGUUGUAAACCAGACCCCGGUGUCAAUGACUAUCCACUUCCAUGGCAUUCUUCAAAUCGGAACACCCUGGUCUGAUGGAGUGCCUGGAGUGACGCAGUUUCCUAUUCUUAGUGGCGAUUCGUACGUUUAUGCAUUUCAAUUGAGAAACCAGUCGGGGUCGACCUGGUACCAUGCUCAUUAUAGAGGGUAUGCUACCGACGGUGUAUAUGGGCCGUUUUAUAUCAGGCCCAGUAAGGAGAGAAACAGGCCGUACCACUUGAUCACAAACGACUCGAAGGUGAGUGAUGGUUUUUAUGACUUGGAAAGGUCACCUCAAAACAUCAUUGGAGACGAUUCUUUCCAUCUUACCAUGGACGACGUGAUGGCUCGUAUGUUCCAUUUCGGGAUUGAUCCUCUCUGUAUCCAGAGCAUCUUGAUUAAUGGUAAGGGAAGGGUUUAUUGCCAUGACCAUAAGACGUUUGUAAGACUAGCCCUCAAAACCCCUAAUGUCAAAAACCUUCCUUCAAUCGAUACUAUGGGGUGCGCUCGUGACGAGAAUGCUAAUGGGUAUCAUGAUAUUGAAGUGGAUAACUUUGAGUUGGAGUCCCCUGGGUUCUCAAGACAAUGUGAGCCAACUUUUUCUGAUAACUAUGUUCAUUACACUAAUAACUCUAAAUGGCAGUAUCUAAACAUCCUUAACGCUGGUGGCCAACACACCAAAGCCUUCUCUAUCGAUGAUCAUGAGUUGAUCGUGGUUGCAAUCGAUGGGGUGUUCGUGGAGCCAGCAACCGUGCAUCAGUUGCUUAUUCCCGUAGGCUCUCGAUUCACGGUGCUAGUGGAAACUGAUCCCACAAAACAUUCUCAUAUCCAUCAUCCUUUCCCCAUCAGAUUUGCAGCCGUCAUCACUGCUCAAUUCAUUGAAGGUGUUGGUUAUUUGGUCUAUGGUAAUGAAACCAGCUUUGAUUCUAUUCAGUUGGCCAACUUGCAAAACUAUAAUGGCUACAUAAAUGGUGUUAGAUAUCAGGAUAUUGAUGGGAAACUCCUAGAUCCAAAUCAUAAGUAUAUGUGGCCCCAUCAAACAAGACCUUAUGAAGAAGACGCCGCCCGAGUGGCCAAGGGAGGGGCAGAUCAUACGUUUAACUUAUAUUUGAAUAGAACAGGGCUAAUAGAAUUCAGCAUGUUUGAAGAUGGAACAAAGUUACCCCCAACUUUUGAGUUGGGCCAUCCUUUGCUCCAUCAGCUCGUUAAUAACCCUUCUAAAACGUUUGCCGAUUUCCAAGGUUCUCUCAGUAGUGAUAUCAAAUACGGCGACGUGGUUGACCUCAUCAUUAAUAACCAUAAGAGAAUUAACCAUCCUAUCCAUCUACACGGCCACUUGUUCCACCUUAUCAGUUAUAGUGAAACAGAAAACUUUCCUCAUAGAUCAGUUGAAGAAGCUGAACGUGAAAACUACAAAAACCUCAACUUACAAAACCCUCCUUAUUUUGACAUUGCACUUGUCCCCGCCGGUGGUCAUGCUGUGGUGAGAAUCAUUGCAAAUAACCCUGGAGUAUGGCUAAUCCACUGUCACAAUUUGGGUCACUUACUCGGUGGAAUGGGUGCAAUUUUAUUUGAAGCUCUUGAUCAAGUUCCUGAAACCCCCCAGUACUAUCUAAGUCAAGCCCAUAUUGACUUAGAGCCUGAACAGCACUACGCAAUCACAGACCUUCCAAACAACACCCACGAUGGUUCCAUCUUAACUUGA